GUUGCGGCUCUUGGGAGGGCAGCGCGCCACAUCCUACCUGCGCGCAGGCCCUGGGCGUCUAGCGCCGGCCAGCGGCCCGUCGCGUCAUGUCAGGCACUGCUUGACUCGAGUUCUUCGGGCCUCCUCCUACCCGCCUACCAGAAGCCGCGCCCACCGCCCAGAGCCAGAGGGAUGGUGGUAGUCACCGGGCGGGAGCCAGACAGCCGUCACUCGGACGGUGCCAUGUCCAGCUCCGAAGCCGAAGACGACUUCCUGGAGCCGGCCACUCCUACGGCCACGCAAGCGGGGCACGGGCUGCCCCUGCUGCCCCAGGAGUUUCCCGAGGUGGUUCCCCUUAACAUUGGAGGGGCGCACUUCACCACCCGCCUGUCUACUCUGCGGCGCUAUGAAGACACCAUGCUGGCGGCCAUGUUCAGCGGGCGCCAUUACAUCCCUACGGACUCCGAGGGCCGGUAUUUCAUCGACCGAGAUGGCACACACUUUGGAGAUGUGCUGAACUUCCUGCGUUCGGGGGACCUGCCGCCCCGGGAGCGUGUGCGAGCUGUGCACAAAGAGGCGCAGUACUAUGCCAUUGGGCCCCUGUUGGAGCAGCUGGAGAACAUGCAGCCACUGAAGGGCGAGAAGGUGCGCCAGGCCUUUCUGGGGCUCAUGCCCUAUUACAAAGACCAUUUGGAGCGGAUCGUGGAGAUUGCCCGGCUGCGCGCAGUACAGCGGAAGGCCCGCUUUGCCAAGCUCAAAGUCUGCGUCUUCAAGGAAGAGAUGCCCAUCACCCCCUAUGAGUGUCCACUCCUCAACUCCCUACGCUUUGAGCGGAGUGAGAGUGACGGACAGCUCUUUGAGCACCACUGCGAAGUGGACGUGUCUUUUGGGCCCUGGGAGGCGGUGGCUGAUGUGUAUGACCUCUUGCACUGUCUGGUUACGGACCUCUCAGCCCAGGGCCUCACCGUGGACCAUCAGUGCAUCGGGGUGUGCGACAAGCACCUUGUCAACCACUACUACUGCAAGCGCCCCAUCUAUGAGUUCAAAAUCACGUGGUGGUGAGUCGUCCUGGUGGGCAAGAGCCCCGUGAAGGAGGGUGCCUCCUCUUGGGUGGCUCUGGGAGUCUGGUCUGCUGACUGUCGCAGAAGCCGCUGAGGUGAGGACAGAGUGCUGAGGCAGAUAGAUGCAAAGGCGCAGGUGUGCCCCCAGGCUCCCCGGCUCGUGUAACUGGGGACUCGGUCUGCCUCACUUGGUCUUUUCCUCAAGGCAUGGCCGUCUUCACUGGCAGCUGGCCACAGCAUCUAGUGAGGACAGCACUGAGAGUCCGGAGAGCUGUGACACUGACUUGGCACCUUGCAGGAGAGCUUCUGCCCAUUUUAGGGCCAUGUUACUGACGGAAGUGUCAUCACUUCCUGUCCCUGUUAGAACAGUCCUGCGCUCAGUGUGUCAGUUGGAAUAAGGAGUGCGUGUCAUAGGGGAUUGACCCAAGUAUCCACCCUGCAGCCCUGGCCAAAGAAGAAAGGGUGUGUUUCCUCCCAGUGCUCUCCUUGCGCCACCACUGACUGCAGCACCUUGUCUUAGGGUAUGGAAAGAGAUGCCCUGUGCUCCCAGAACAUGCCUGUCACCUUCUCUUGGAGAUUGACCAUAGCUGCCAAAGCCACGUACCAGUUGGGCCUUAGAAAAACCACAAUGUUUACAGCCCCACCCCAGGGCUUUGGCUUCUUCCUUCUUUGCAGUUAUCCCUUCCCAGGGCUGGCAUGUUACGUUCCAAAGGUUCUUUCUGAAGAUUCCCCAUGUCAGGCAGACAAGGAGCCCGGAUCCCCUCGACUUGUAGCACAACUCUCAGAGGUCAAGAACAGGCCUUGUGUUAGCAUCCAAUGGGGUGAGCCUCUUUGGAAGGCAUGCCCUCUUUCUUUGAUAGUUUUUGCUGGGGGGAAGAGGGAGUGCCAGGUGGGAGGCACAGCCAUCCCAGGAGCUGAGGCCGAGGAAAGUAAAUUUCUGUGUUCUACUUCCUGUUUCAGAAAGAGAGAGAAAAAGCCCACAAAAAUACUUGCUCUGCAGUCAGGGGUAACUAUGUCAGGGUGCAACACCGAACCCCUAAAGAGAGAGCUGUGUAGCACCCCUCUGAGAGCACCACAUGUCCAGGCCACACAGUGGCUUCUAAACAAUGGCCAUGGGUGCAUCUGACCAUUCUUGGAUCGUUUUCUUUUUAGUUAAGCUUUUUUUUCCUUUUUUUUUUUUUAAUAUAAGGGAUUAAGGGCAGCACCACCAUAGGAUCAGGGCUGGGGUGUCUGCCCACUUCUUCGGACUAGAAGGCCAAGCCUCAGGACCUGAGCUAAAUUCUUCUGUGGGACCUGAGCAAAAUUUCUCCAUUGGGUGGGUUGGGGCAGGUACUUUCCAGGGCUCUUGAGGUUUUGAACUUGUAUUUCACUCUGAGUGUAGCAGAGUCUGAUCCAAGAGGGAGAGAGUGUCAGUUGCCCUGCAGGACAGCUGCUCUCUCUAUUCUCAUUAACAAACAGUGGAAUCUUCUGGGGUGCCUAUGCCCCUGUUUGGCGCUCAGCCCACCACCAUCCUCCUUCUGGCCAUGUUCUAGCAAAGACGUUCCUUAUUUAAAUCGGUUUUAUUUUUGUUUUCUCGAUAGGGUCUCAUGAAGCCUCACAUUAGCUGUAUAGCUAAGGAUGACCUUAUACUCUUGACCUUCCUGCUUCUACCUCUGAAGCGCUGGGGGAUGCGGGCACAUCCCACCUCACCUAGCUCUUGUGUUCAUUUUUUCCAUAGCUAGUGAAGCACACUAUUCAGUGUGAUGUCCAUAUGCGUACAGAGCAGACAAUUAAGCCCGGGCCUUUUAGUAAUUGCACCUGGGGCCCUUUUCUUCUUGUUCUAGAAUAUUGCAGUGCUUGGAAAAUUAUAUAAAACAAAAAACUGAUCUGGCCAAAAGCAAGGCCUCGACUACUUGCCUAAGGUUACAAGGUUACUGUCUUUGUGGCUUGCUGGAGACUCUGUUUUUCUGUCCCCCUUUUUAUUCUCAGGAUGAUAUGUUUUAUGCAGUUGUGUCCACUGGGGCAGGCAGAGGAAGAACGCUAGAUAGCCAGCUCAGAACUCUCUUCCCUCUUCUUUCAAUCGCUUUUUUCAUAGCUGACUCGAUAUGUGUGGUAUUUGGACAGACGAUGUACUGAAUCUUCUUAUGUGUGGCUUUUUUUUUUUUUAAUAACAAAAACCUAUGCAUUUUGAAGCCAGUGAAUUCUAUACUUUCUUGCAGCACAGAAACUUUUCUUUGUAUUACAAAGUAUAUUUAUUAUAAUUUGAAUUCUUCCUUGACUAGUGAAAUAGAAAUGUGUUUAAAGAAAUAUAUAUUGGCAUCUGGGAUGUGGUUCCAUGAGGGAAUAUCUACCUAUUAUGCACAAGGCCCUGGGUUCCCCCCCACACACACACACACAAAGGAUUAUUUCAAAGUGUUCCUUUGCUAUUUGGGCCUCCACACUCACUCACUCACCUUCUCUACUCUCUUGAAGAUUUUCUUACACAGUAAGGAUUCAUCAGCCUGGUUUGGCUCUCUCUAAUGAGAAGCCGAGGCCAGGCUGAAAUGCACGUUGAAUGUGAUGGCUGGGGAUGGCUUCCAAAUAAAAAGGUCAUAUCUGUGGACAUUACCUCAGCCCAUCUGAUCCCUUUCCAGUUGCAAUUGCCCAGGCACAGACCAAGAGACUUGUAAGAAAAAGCUUCUUGAGCCACAGAAAUAAUCGUCUCAAAAUUUGUGUGUUCUGUCAAUCAAAGCCUCUCAUCUGGUUUGAGUCAGACCAGUCAGUCAUUGCUGAAUCAGACUGAGUGCUGACCCUGGGCGUUCCCUCCUGGUUUACUUUGGGCAUCUUCUCUCAGUGCUCACUGGUUGGGAAGAUGAAAGAUUUGAGAGCAGCACAACAAGAAAGCAAAACAAGAAACAUGAAAAGAACCCUGAGUAGCAACAGGGAAGGCAGGGAGAGCCACACUGAAACACAGCGCAUCCCAGGGUUGGGAAUUCAUUGUCACUGAUCUCAGAGGAAACAUUGCCAACCGUGACUUAGCUCUGUUUUCCCCUGGCUGCUGUACUUCCAGGGCUCAUAGCCAAACACCCUGGAACUUCCUAUUCUUUUCUCUUGGGCUUAGGCCCUUUGGGAACUAACUGCCUGAACACCAUGUCCCAGGCUGAUCAAGUUCUGAGUUGCUGCACGGAAGGCUAACAGAACCCUGUAAGACAGAGCAAGCUGGCUUGUGGAGUGAUACUUAUCUGUGACCCUAGACCGAGAUGAGGCCUAAGAUAAACACCACCAGCUGGGUGGUGGUGGUGCACACCUUUGAUCCCAAGACUCAAGAGGCAGAUGCAGGCAUUUCUCUGUGACGGAGUCUACAGCCUGGUCUCCAGAGUGGGUUGCAGGACAGGCAGGUCCAUGCAGGGAAACCCUGUUUGUGGGGAGGGGGGACAAGAUAAACGCCACCAACAAGAUGCUUUUCCUAGGAAGAAUGUCAGCUGUCCUCCUGCAUAUUUUUAACCAUAUCUGAUGAGAAAUAGUUCAGCUCGCUGUGGUGCUUUUUGUGUGGUGCUUGCCUGGAGGGAUGCCCAUCCCAUGAUUCUUAAAGGAUCACUUCCUUGUCUGAAGGUAGGAUGUUGGGAGCUGGGAUGGCUGAGCGAGAAAGGGAGAAAGGUUUUAUGUUGUCCUUAAUUUGGGGGGAAGGUGCAUAUGUGUCGUAUUGUGGCAACAGAGUGGGUGUGGGAGGCCAACUGAGCCCGUUGUCUGCAUCUGCGUAACUUUGGCUUAAUGUAACAUUUCCUGUGUUCAACAUCAAGCCUAUUUGUGAGUAAUCUUGUGCAGAGGGCCUCAUUUCAUCAGACAUUAAAAUCAAGAACUAGAA